CUCUCUCUUCCUUCUCGGCUUCUUCUCGGCGAAGAAGAAGGAGAAGAGGGAAGAGGAUAGCUGCUUCAGGUCGAUCGCGUGGGUCGCGAAUGGCGGCGGAAGGACGAUUCCUUCUCCUCUGCUCCCCAGCGAAUCUGCCGAUGUGAUGGAAUCAACGUGCAGAGCAUGGGGUAGGGAGAUGAGAGAAGCAUUAUUACCUGAUGAUUUGAAUGAUCUCUCUGGGGACCUCCUUACUACUUUUAGAAACAGCAAAGUGGCAGGCAUUUCCUUGUUUUGCCCUCCUGAACCUAAGGUUACUCGAUUUGUUUACCUGGUAUUCCUCUGUCAAAAGUUUCCAAUAGCACUGGGUCCUUAAAAUUGUCGUCAUUGGUCUUCUUAGAGAUGUAGAGUAGGUCGCUACUGCACCGUUGCCUUUUAGCAUCUCCUACUUCACAGAUUCUCAUGUUGAGGCUUACACUUACUUGGCUUGAAGUUGGAAAUCACAUCGUAUCAGAGGGCUUUCAAACUCUGCUUACAGAUCCAUUGAACAUACAGAAUAAUUUUUUUUAAGCCAUGCGCUAUAUUUUUCCUUGGAACUGAUAUGUGUGUGCUCAUUGGAUCUUUUUAAGCUGGGAGAAUUUGAGAGAGCGGUCAGGCUUAGCUAUAGGCCUUGUGGUGGCGAAAGUACUACGGCUCGAGAUGGACAGUUUAUUGUGGCUAUCAGAGAUCAAAUCUCUCAUGUUGAAGCAGCAUUGCCAGAAUUUCUUAGUGAGGGGGGAGGGGUGUGGAACAGCCUGCAUUGAACAUCUUUGAAGGAUUUCAUUUUGGAAAAUUAUGAUGAGAAGGAAAAUGUGGGGUCUAAUACCAGUGCUGCUUGCAGCAGUGGCUUAAUGGAUGAGAGCAAGAGCUUAAAGGAUGGAAAAUCUAAUGAGGAUUACAAAGGGCAACAAGGUCAUGGAUUUGCUCGGACCCAGUUUACAACCCCGUUUCGUCAACAACUUCCCAAACGUGCCAUUGGAAGCAAUUGCAUAUAUUGCCGUCGAAGUAAUCUCUAUACUUGAGAAGCUACACUUUGGAGGGUACAUCCAUGGUGACAUAAUACUAGGUAAAUUUUUGCUUGGUCCUCCAGGAACUCCUGAAGAGAGGAGACUGUUUCUGACCGACCUAGGAUUAGUCACAAGAUGGCGGGAUCCCACCAUUGGUUCACAUGUCAAGUACUACCAAACUCCAGAUGAUAUCGGGUUCGAACAAAAUGAUGUUAGUAUAUCUUGCCUACCUGUGUAAUUACUGUUCCAUGCACCCAACUAAAGGAUUUGUUACAGAAGAACAAUUCGAUUUGCAAGUGUUCACACUCAACUUGGUAGAACAAGUAGGGGGAGGAAUGAUCUAGAGUCUCUGGUUUACGUGCUCAUGUAUCUUGUCAGUGCUUGUUUGCCUAGGCCAAGACAUCGGGUUUCAUCCCUAUACCCAGAGAAGAUUUCUUGCACUAAACCCCUGUAUCGGUCUUUUGAUCACCAGUCUUUCAGGGAGAGGAUAAGGCUUACCUUGUUUGCAAGCGAAAGAUGGCCACUCCUCUAGACAUGCCGUGUGAUGCUUGUCCUGGGCCUUACCUGCAAUUCACUGCGUCUGUGCUUGAUCUGAAAUUCGAUGAAGAACCAAACUACGCUGAAUACAUCUCUCUCUUCCAUGGGAACACUGGUCAAAAUAUAUACAUUUGGCCCGUGCACAGAGAUGCUAGUCAGGAGGUAGUAUCCAUUUCCUGUGAAAAGCAAUAGAUGUGAAUGAAAUUUCUUAUUUGCGCUUGUCCUCUAAUUGCGCCAUAUUUUUCUCUUUCAUGUGAUAUGGACAGAUUAGGUACCUUGUGAGCAAGUGCAGUUAAAGGAUGACAACGAGCCAUCAAAGAGAACGCGAAUAGGGUUGAAAUUAAAACAAUGGAUGAGCAUUUACCAUGUGCAUUUACCAAUGAAGCAAAGAUAUUUGUCUAAUUCGAAUGAUGUCAACUUGGUCUUACACAUUCAGAAGGGACGUGCGAGGGGAAAUGCAUGUCACCAAUGUGGCUUUUGAUCCCCAUUCUAAGUCAUGGGCCAUAAUAAUGGAUGAUAGCGUCGGCUACACUGCUCGGACUUAUGCUAUUUCAUUCGGCUAUCUACCCGAGGUUUUUGUUGAGCAGCUUUACUUUGAACUUUCAAUCAUGGUAGAUCCCAUAGGUGCAUAUCACAAUUCUUAUAAUACAAACCAGGAUGAAUUUGUGUUGGACCUAUGAGGAACACACACACACCAACCUCUUACCGUGGAAUUCUUGAUUAUGACAGUCUUGACUGCUUGUUUCCAUAUUCGAAGGACUGGAUUCGGGCACAUAGGUCGCAGAACUAUUACAUCACCAUAGUGGCUGGAGCAGUUGACCACAGAUUUCUUGUUAUAAGGUCCAAGGGUUGGUCCGUGAAUGUUUAAUUUCUAUUCCAAUGACUCCUAAGUAAUGUUAUACUUCACCAUUUUACCAGUUUUUAUUGAUAUGCCACAAGGACCCCCAGUGUUAGGCAGUAUUGUUGUGUUACCAAUACAUUUCCUUUCAAGUGAAGAGGGCAGAAGGUUUUUACGUCACCGCCUUUUUGAAGUACUUCUAUUCAACAGCAAUACAAACUAGCUUGUAAGCUGUCAAACGUACAUUUUAUAGUCUAAAGAAAGCGGAUUUCUUUCUUC